AGAAUGGAUAGGAAUACAAACAAACACAAAAAAACUAAGAAAUGGAAGGAAAGGGAGAAGUGUCCCAAAGGCAAAGAAGGUGAAACUUGGCUCUCUCCUCCUCCUCUCGCUUUCUCUCUCGCUUUCUCACCAAAGGCAGCAGAAAGGAAAGUAAAACAACGGGGAAAGCGAGAAGUUGUGAGAGAUGAGGACAGGAAGCGCAGGAAGUGAAGGAGAAACACGAAAGGGAAAUGAUGCGAGUGUAAAUAUGGGAUUUGGGUCUCCUUUAAGCUUUUGGGAGGUAACUCUGGCUUCCACUGUCGUCUUGGGAUUUGUUCUAGGUCUUUUGGGGGUCUAUUGUACCAUGCCUUCUUCCGAUUACAGCUUCCUCAAGCUCCCUCGUACCCUUGAAGAUCUUCAAAUCCUCAAAGAUCACCUUGAGGGCUACACAAGUGACUACACUGCACAAGUCCUGGUAGGCUAUUGUGUUGUCUACGUUUUCAUGCAAACGUUUAUGAUUCCUGGGACUAUUUUUAUGUCAUUGCUUGCUGGAGCUCUUUUUGGAGUAUUCAAAGGCAUGGCUUUGGUGGUGUCCACUUCUACUGCUGGUGCUUCUUCAUGCUAUUUCCUUUCCAAAUUGAUUGGACGACCUCUUGUAUUCUCUUUGUGGCCUGACAAGCUGAGCUUCUUCCAAGAGCAGAUAGCUAGAAGAAAAGAAUGUUUGUUGAACUACAUGCUUUUCUUGAGGUUAACCCCAACACUGCCAAAUAUAUUCAUAAAUGUUGCUUCACCAAUUGUAGAUGUGCCAUAUCAUAUUUUUUUCCUGGCAACUUUUAUCGGACUCAUUCCUGCUACUUAUGUCACUGUCAAGGCUGGAAUAGCUCUUGCAGAAAUAGAAUCACUGGGGGAUCUUUACAACUUCAACUUUAUUGCCACAUUAUUCCUUAUAGGAAUUGUCUCUAUCACCCCUACAUUGAUGAGCAAGAGCAAAUCGUAGCUUGAUACUUAAAAGAACAUGAUGUUUGUACAUGGGCCUUCAGUAUUCUGGCAGCUGAGUGGGUGCCGCUCCAUCUCUGUAUAGAUUCACAUAAAAUAAAAGACAAUAUGCAGUCAUUACUGUUUGCAAACGCAAUUGCUGGUGCUUCAGACAAUAAUGCUGAUCUAAGAAAGGUGCCUUGACUAUUUACAUUUCUUUUUUAUGGAUAGGUUACAAUGUGAAGGAUUGUUUGAAUGGAGGUGUAAGGUGGGGAAGCAAAUUGUAAAAUUUUAGUUAGUGGAUAGGUGUUUAGUAUCUAAGAUGCAUAUAUCAAUGACAGUGUUUCAAGGCAAUUUAGUAAUGAGCUAUAUCAUGGUUCAGUGUUUAAUUCA